AUGAAGUUUAACAAGAGUGUCUCCUCCUCACGGAGGAAGUCAAGAAAGGCGCACUUCGGUGCUCCUUCUAGCGUCAGAAGAAAAAUAAUGACAGCCCCUUUAUGCAAAGAACUGCGAAAGAAAUUCAACGUGCGCUCCUUGCCUAUUCGCAAGGAUGACGAAGUCAUGAUUGUUAGAGGACGUUUUCAUGAUAGAGAGGGCAAAGUAGUGCAGGUCUACCGCAAGAAGUUUGUUAUUCAUAUUGAACGCAUUUCAAGAGAUAAACCUACAGGAGAGAGCCCCAUUGGCAUUCACCCGAGCAAAGUGGUGAUAACAAAGCCGAAAUUGAACAAGGACAGAAAAGCGCUGUUAGAGAGGAAGAGCAAGGCUGCAAACAAGGGAAAGUACACCGAAAAGGACGUCAACCAAGUCGAUUGA